GCUACGACUGUAACCAAUGAGAAAACUUCCUCGGGGAACACUUCCGGUAGCGUUUCCUGUCAGUGUUUGUAAACUGAGAAAAAAUUGGAAGUGCGUCAAGUAAUAAUUCAGAAAACUGUGAAAAAUUAAAAGGCUUUGGCCUCCGUGAGCAUUUGGGUGUGUGCCAUCUCUUCUGUUAGUCCUCACCCUGACUGAGGUCAACUCUGCCCCCUCUCACACCCCCUCCCCACCCAUCACACACAAAAUCAAAAGCACGGCGAUGACACACCAUUCAAACAACUCUAUUCGAGAUCAUAUGAAAUGGGCUGGCUUGCUGGGCUGUGAGGCGGUGUUGUCCAGCAUGGCCCUGAUGCAAGCCAACAACAUUCCAGGUCAAAAGAAGAUGAUGUCAUCCAUGGGUCACGGGCACCGGGCAACUUCUGAGGGUCACCAAAGCCACUCGCACCACAGCCACAGCCACCACGGACACCAAAGUCACCACGCGCAAGCCAGCGUGGGCCAUAUGUCGACAGGAAGCUGUCCACCACUGCUGAUCCAAAAGGAUGGGGAUUACCACACCUCCAGAAUAUUGGAUGGGAAGAACAUGCAUAGCAGCCAGAGUGUGCACAAGAAAAAGCACAAAAAAUCUGUCAAAGUCAAAGAGGAAGUGCGGCCUUUAUUGCAGCAGCUCGACAUGGAUGAUGACAGUUCUCUAAAAGUACAGAAGAACUUCAUCUGUGACCACUGCUACGGAGCUUUCCGGAGCAGCUACCACCUCAAGCGACACAUACUGACACACACGGGGGAAAAGCCUUACGCCUGUGACAGCUGCGACAUGCGCUUCAUUCAGCGCUACCACCUGGACCGACACAAGAGGGUGCACAGCGGCGAGAAGCCCUACCAGUGCGAUCGUUGCAAUCAGACCUUCUCACGGACAGACCGGCUGCUGAGGCACCGGCGCUUGUGUACAGCUGGCAUCAACAAAGACGACAGCCAGCGUUGUGAUAGUCGCUCAUCGGCAUACUCGCAGGGCACAUCUGGCCACACUGCUUCCUGGAGCCCCUUACACCCUUCCAACAGCCGCCUGACUGUCUGACCCCAACCAUCUAAGACCACAUAGACCUUUUGGACAGUCGGUGACUCAAUAACUUUGAGCCACGACAUCAGCUAAAUCUGAACACAACCUAGCUAACACAACCAGAUUACGCUAGUUCGGUCAUGGAUUUUUAUACCUUUUUAUCUUCUCUUAGUUGUUGAGAUCAGAGAGUAAAAGACGACUUGGCGUCUCUUCAAUGGGGCGCUCUCUCCUAACAUCAUGAUGGCAAUAAAUGGAUGACAUGCUCUCACGUCUCAUCACACUGAAGACUUUUGGUGUUUUUGACAGUCCUGGCUGCAGAUGGUCACGCAGCACAUCUUUUGAUUGUCCUGCUGAGCCCACAAAUCAAGCCCCGCUUCUCCAUUUGGACCUUCGGUCAAGAGCGGCACGGCUUGUUGUGUAACUGUCUCCGUCAAGCAAGACUGCGUGACCUUUGCUUUAGUAAUUAGCAACCCAUAUAAUGUAGGUUUUGUGAUGUCAGUGAAAAUCAAUGUACAUUUAGAUAUGUACAUUUAAAGGAAUUGUUGCAAUAAGCCACAUUAAAAUGACAUAAUUGCAUUGGCAAAACUAAGACUCAUAUCACAUCAAAAUAUGCAUUUGGACCUCUGCUGUGUUUCUACUUCUCUGCCCCCCCAAAUCAUUGUAACUUCACAAAUGAACCUCUUCUUCGAGAUCUAGUUCAGUUUGUCGAUCUGUCUGUUCAGUUUUUGGCAUUCAUUCAUCCUUUCCAGACAUUUUGUAGGAAGUAGGUCAGUUGAGCUGUUGCGUUGUAGUUCUCGUCCGAGACAAAUAAGCGGUCCACCUCCGGCUCAACAUGAUUGAAUGUGAAAACACUGUGCCAUGUCCUUUAAUCUCUGGUUUCUUGAAACAGUUUAGCAUAUUCGCUGAAGAGGACGUGUAAGUAGUGUGUUUUUUUAAAAGACAUAAAACUUUUUUUCCCCUCUUUCAGUUUGCUGUAUUUGCGUUGCUUUGGUAUUUAGACUACAUGAAAGGGGUUGGGGUGAGUGAAUGACAUUGCCUUCUGCUCAUUAAGUUAAUAGAAAUAUUUUUUUCAUUGUAUUCUAAGUAGAAAAGUGAUGUGUGGGACCUACAUUCCCCCAAAUCUCAAUAUUUACAAAGUAGUCUGUUUUCCAGUGUAAUUUGAAGGUGGAUCUGUCAUUUGGAAAUCUAAUUCAGAAACAGCCACCUCAUACUCUCUUGUACGUUACCAUGAUUGUUUUUGUCUGCAUUUAUGUAAGUGUAAACGCCACCCUUAUUAGUCAUUUCUUUAUUAGGCAUUCAAGUGAAAUGAUGUAUAUUUUACAGUUGAUUAUACAGCAUUGUGCAUGAAGUCUGAGAGCCCUAAAUCUCAAUAAAACAAUUCUUUUUGUAAUA